GCAACGCUUCCUGUCUGCCACAAUACCAAAAGAAGAAGAAGAAGAGUUUGAGGUCGCUCUGACUCAAGAUGGCGGCCUGCUUAAACCUUGCUCUUCGAGGUGCUCUUCUAUCAAAGGGAAGACAUUCAGCGGCAGUCGGAAUACGGUUUGUUUGCAACCCUCCUCCGGAAGAGAAAAGGAAUUUGAUAUCAGAAUCUACGGAGGAAUACAAGUUCGUAGAGCGGCUCAUUCCGCCGUCCAGGGUGCCCACACCGCCUAAACACGCCGGUCCCACCCCGUCCGGUUGGACCCCUCCGGCGGACACCCCUCCGCCCCUGCCCUACAUGAUCCGCCGCUCCCGCAUGCACAACAUCCCGGUGUACACCGACCUGACCCACGGCAGCCGCAAGACAACGCUCGUACGGAAAGUGGAGGGGGACAUUUGGGCUCUGGAGAAGGACGUGAAGCAGUAUCUGAAGGAGGUGGUGGGGAAGGAGCUGCCCACACAGGUCAACGAGGUCACCAUGACCUUGAAGGUCAAAGGUCACUUUGAUAGUGAGCUGAAACAAUGGCUGGCCAACCAAGGCUUCUGAGGAGGAGGAGGAGGAGGAGGACAACAAUGACGACUGUGCCAUCAUGAUGAUCAUAGAGCUGCCCUGGACAACACCAGGAGACAUGUCCUAUAUAACUUUAAAAACCUAUAUAUAUCCAUGAGAAAGGACAGCUUUGACUACUGCACCGUUAUUUGACUUUAAGACACCACAGAGACCUUGACUAUGGGAUCCAACAGUGUAAAUACAUGUCAUGAAUGAAAAUUAAAUAUGAAAACAUGG